AUUUAUCGCAGACAUGGAGACGACAUACUCGGCGGAGGAGCUGGCGGCGAUGCCGGACCGCAUCGCGGCCACCUUCAGCAACCGCUCCGUGUUCGUGACCGGCGGCACCGGCUUCAUGGGCAAGGUGCUGGUCGAGAAGCUGCUCAGGAAGUGUCCGGACAUCAAGCAGAUCCUGCUACUGGUGCGGCAGAAGAAAGGCAAGACGCCGCGUCAGCGCAUGGAGGAUACCCUCAACGAUCCCCUUUUUGAAAAGCUCCGUACCAUGCGUGGAGGUGUCCAGCCUCUCCUCGAUAAGAUGACCCUCAUCUCAGGAGACGCCAGCGAACCAGACCUCGGCCUGAGCCCUGCUGACCGUCAGAGGAUCCUUGAAGAGACUGACAUCAUCAUACAUGCUGCAGCCACCAUCAGAUUUGAUGAAGAGCUAAAGAAAGCCGUAAUGCUGAACGUGCGCGGAACCAAGCUGGUCGUGCAGCUCGCCAAGGAGUGCAAGCAUCUAAAGCUGAUGAUCCACAUCUCCACCGCCUACUGCCACCUCCACGAAAAGCUUUUAGAAGAGAAACCCUAUCCUCCCCCAGCAGACCCUCAUCAGAUCAUUCAGUCUAUGGAGUGGAUGGAUGAGGCGACCGUAGCCGCUGUGACGCCCAUGUUACUGCAGAAGCUGCCCAACUCUUACGCGUUCACGAAGGCCCUUGGGGAAGCCCUAGUCGUUGAGGCCAUGAACGAGAUACCAGCUGUCGUGCUGCGGCCCUCUAUUGUGAUCCCAAUCUGGCAAGAGCCGAUCCCUGGCUGGACUGACAACAUAAAUGGACCCACGGGAUUGCUCAUUGGGGCUGGUAAAGGCGUCAUCAGAUCCAUGUACUGCAAGAGCAACAGCUACGCCGAUUACUUGCCUGUCGACGUGUUCAUCAACGGCAUCAUGAUUUGCGCCUGGGAAUUCAUUGAGAAUCACGUCAAGAACGUCAACAUAGUUAACUUUACAUCAUCAGCAGAGAUCAAAGUCACAUGGUCAGAGAUGAUCGACGCUGGGCGAGAGAUCAUCAUGAACAGAGUGCCACUCAACGGAGUCGCCUGGUACCCGGGUGGAUCGAUGAAGCACUCGAGGCUGUAUCACAACAUCUGCAUGGUGUUGUUCCACUGGCUCCCCGCUAUGUUGGUAGACUGCCUUCUUUUCGUUCUUGGAUACAAACCUGUAUUGUGUCGCGUGCAACGGCGUAUCAACAAAGGUUUCGAAGUGUUCGAGUACUACACCAACAACCAGUGGGACUUCCAAUCCGACAUCGCACAAACGCUGAGGAAAGAUCUCAAUCCGCGCGAGCGACAGGAGUAUAAAGUGGAUGCCAUCGGUCUGGAUAUCUCGCGUUACUUCGAGGACUGUAUCUUGGCAGCUCGUCGCUACAUCCUCAAGGAGACAGAUGAUACCAUCCCAGCUGCCAGGAGACAUAUGAAAGUCAUGUGGUGCGUAGACGUGAUGUUCCGUCUGUGCUUCUGGGCGCUGAUGCUGUACUGGCUCAGCGGGUGGGUCACCCCCCUCUUCUCGUCCACCGCCACCCCCACCCCUGAGCCCAUCCCCACCUAACCUCCGCUAGUCCCACUAGCUGAUAAGU